AUGCCUGCAUCGGACACUCAACAUUCAGAAGUCCAGUUGAUUCUGGUCUCAUCCUUGCUCUCUUCAGUUAAAUCAGACAUCGAGGUCCUCUGUGGCUCUCAGACAGUGCACCUCAAGAUCCUCCUGUGUCCCGUCUAUUUCAAUGGAUACAACGAAUCACUGCUGGCCCUCAACUCACAGCACUCCAAAGACCAGUGUAAAGGGACACCUGACUGGAUAGCAGACCCACCUGUUGUCAAAUUCAACUUCUCCAUCACAGAGGAGGCGAUCACUUUCUGCUCCAGCCGGCUGACCAUCACUGAGGAGGUGGGAACUGGACUGUUUGCAGACUUCUCCAACGUCCAGCACAUCAGCAUCGCAGGGAUGAUCUGUUCUGAGGACCCCAGCAAAGAAGCGAUCACCUACCACCAAGAGGUGAUGUACAGGUUCUCCUGCCGCUAUCCACUGCAGUACCUGCUCAACAACACUCAGAUGAGCGCGUCUGGGGUCAGCCUGGCAGUCAAAGACAAUAAUGGGAGUUUCAUCAGCUCACUGAGCAUGCGACUCUACUCGGACCAUGGCUACUCCUCCAUACUGCAGAUCCCUCCAGGAGGCCUGGAUCUAAAGACCAGGAUCUAUGUAGAAGUCAAGGCAUCCAACCUCACUAACAGAUUCAACGUGUUCCUGGACCGAUGUUACGCCACUACCUCGCUUUUCCACGUCACCACCACAUAUUACGAUCUCUUUGUUGGGUGUAACCGGGAUGCCCAGACAAUAAUGGGAGUCAACGGAGCGCAGCAGAUAGCCCGCUUCUCCUUCGAGGCUUUCCGCUUUGUCCAAAGCAAAGAUGUAACUCUCUCCACCUACUAUGUUAACUGUGUCACCAGGCUCUGUGUGAACUCUUUCUGCCCCAAACUCAUUCAGAACUGCACUACCGGCACCAACACGAGGAGGCGCCGCAGUGGCAACCAGGGCACCACAGUGAGCGACAUGGCCACCAUCAGCUCAGGCCCCAUCACUAUCCGCGCAGAUAUCGGGUAUCUGGUGGCAUCUGGAGGUGCUCAGCAGACUCAUUUGAACAGUACCAUGCUGGCUGUUUCAGUCGUAGCAGGCAUUGUUGGAGUCAUCUGUCUAACUCUGGUGGCUUUCAUUGUUUACCAGAGGUACAGCUCCAAUAUCAGUUCCACCAAGAAGAUUCCGUACACACAAAAGUGACAGACUUUGGGCUUUACAUGCACAAAAAAAGAUGUAUAACACAAUAAAGGAAAGGGAAAAAGCCCCAAAAACAUAAUAUGAACACUUUAAAGUGAAGUAGCCUAAUUAAGACAACAAGUGAUUAUGCUCCGCAGACAAUAUAUAAAACAAUGUAUACUGUAUAAAUGUUUGCAAAAUAGCAAUGAAACAAUAGAUGGAGGAGCAUAUUAUUUUACAACAACUCACAUUAUCAACCACGGUGCUGACUAUAGACACGGGACAGACAGUCAUCGUGUGAGUCCAAUUUUUCUCUCACCUCUACUUGUAGAGGAAAGACAUUCUCCUAUCCUUCAUUGUAGCAAAACGCUCAGUGACUCUGUCAUAUAGCUCUCCACGGGACUUCAGGUCUUGUGUUACAGUGGCUUCCAUUGAUAUCUUCGCCAAGCUUCAUUCAGAGCC